AUGCACAUCCAAUUUGCCAUAAUUCAUGAAUGGAUUGGAUACCCGAAACAAGAUAAAUAUAUCGGUGCUAUAAUCUCAGAUGAUUGUGACACCACUGUUUCUGAUUCACCGACGUCUAAGCAACCAACUUCAUCCCUCGGCUCCAGUCAUUCUUCCGACAUUUCAAAAACUCGACCGGACCCAUUCGUUUCGUCAAAUACUUCCACUACAACUACACCCUCCACCAUAGGUGUACUAUCUACCCAGCCUAUUCAUUCACUCUCUACGAGCAGUCGUGUAAUCGUGGAGAUUGGCGGGCGCCUUGAUACUGGUCAUUCUAUCCUCCCAUAUCUGACCAGAGAUCUGGUUGGCAUUCUCCCAUCCUCGACUAGAUCUCAUGCUGAUAUCGUCGACAGUUCGCUGGCUAGUCGUCUGUUUGCUCCAGGACCAGCUGGCGCCGGUUCUGACUCUAAUACAAGUAGCGGUGGCUCUAGAACUUCAGGUCCAGAGAGCCAAGGUCUCGGCUUCGAUGGUUUUACUAGCAUAUCAACCGGCAGUGAUCAGGUGGCAAUCUACAAGGUCAAUGAAGAUCUUUCUGUUUGUCAGACUGCCGACUACAUCAAGCUUCCAAGUUCAGUUAGAUAUGUCAAAGCUGUCAUACGUAAAGUAAUUCCUGUACUCUACCACUUAUAA